AUGUCUGGUCGGGGUGUGCCAGCUCUUACCACCUGUCUGGCACCUGCCGUGACACCCCUCCCCUUGAAGGCGACGACUGUAGCGACUUCUAUCCUACAUUAUCUCGCCGCGUUUGUGCCGCGGCCGCUGCUUCUGAUCGCCUUGACCCCGACUACAGCCUGCCUCGUCACACCGUUGCCGACUCCUCGGCCAUGGCGCGGACGAGGGCGGCUGUGGCGGCCUUGGCGGCCCUUUAGAUCCGACCGCAUGGACGACAUGGUGAGGCCCCUCAACCCCUAUUCGCUCUUGGGUAUAGGGCGACGGCUGCGGCGACUUGCUUCCUGCAUCUAUCUCGACGCCCACAACCACCACUUCCUGUCACUACGGCAUUUUGACGAGGGUGACUGGGAGUCUUGCGAUCUGGUGGGCUGA